CGGUGACGGUGGUCCACACCUCACCUACUCUCUCUGCCCUGACACAAGCCCCAGGCUUGCACUGAACUGUGAGCUGUAGGAAGUCCAGGUCCCGGUUGCAGCCACAGGGGAGUCAGAUGCAUCACGUGACCGUGCGGGGUGGAGGGAGGUUGAGUCGCGCGGCUGAGACGCCAGGCGGUCACCUAGCAACAGCGAGCGGCAGAGCAAUGGAGACCCGUAGCAGAGAGCUCCAAGCCGCGGAGUAUUUGGAAAAGCAUCGGAUCAAGGAGCUGGUGAGCUACCUCACCAGCGCCCUUCUAUUUUUCCGGCCGGAAAAACCAAGAGAAUAUUUAAUAUCUCUAUUGGAACGUCUGAGAAUUGCAAAAGUAACAGGCGUAGCAUUCCCGUUCUUUAUGGAUAACUCUAAUGUUGUAUCUAUGUUUGAGAUGAUGGACUCCUCCAACAGAGGCACCAUAUCAUUUGUGCAGUAUAAAGAAGCCCUAAAAACCCUUGGUCUGUGCACUGAAGAUGAAGAUUUAGAAGAUGAUGGACACAGAAUCACUUUGGAGCAAUUCAAGGAUGAAGUGAACAAGAGGAUUAUGGAAAUAUGGUCGGCAUUCUAGUAACACUAUAAGUCCAAGAUGAUAAAUGAUUCCAUAAAGUUUUCCAGUUUCAUUAAUUCAGAAUUUCAUCAUUCAUCAUAUAACUUGAAAUCAAACUGGCUGCUUCUUAAAAAGCAAAAAAAACCUUUCUCUGAAAAACAUUAUUUUCCAGUAUUAGGCCAAUUGGUCCUCAAAUUAAGUAGAAUCUCAACAUCUUGUUGAGCCAGUUUAUAUAUUCCAACUUCAUUUAAUGCUGCUGUGGCAGGAAGUUGCCCUGAAGCUGACUGCAGUACUUCUUUCAGGAGUAGUGCAGAACCGACGUUCAAAUUCA